AUGAGCUCGAGAAUCACUCCUGGUUUUACAAACUUGGUCAAGCAAGUCAAGAUACCCAACUUGCAAAACAACGUCAAAUCUAAACCACAAUUACACAAAUAUACGUUACAUUGUCUCUUCACUAAAAACAACACCCAUUUUACACUAUGUUCACACUGGGAAGAUCCGCAAAACCCAAUUUUGACUUCACCUGAUUCUACAUACGAUGAAAAAUUUAAGUAUUGGCUGCAUUUACCAAGUAAAGUGGAAUUUAAAUUGUCUACUGGUCCAUUAGGGUUUAGAAAAGCUAAUAGGGGUGAAUACGAAGCAGGUUUCCAGACUGCUGCUAAAUGCUUAGAGAUGUUACAUAAUCAAAUCCGUCGUGACAGAAUCAAAAAUUCUACAUAUAACAAUACUGGCAACCAAUAUCAUAACAACAAUUUCCAUAAUCAAUUUGUUCCUGUAGAUAUUAUAAUGAAAGAUUUUGGAAAAGGUAGAAGUGCGUUUAUCACCGCGGUGAAUGGUAAAGAAGGCUCGCAAAUAAGGCAAUAUAUAAGGCAGAUCAGUGAUGCAACACGUUUGAAAUUCGGUGGUGUACGUUCUCCAAAAAUCCGUAGAUUAUAG